AUUGGUUGGCCGGACUCAGCAGGCUAGUGUGCGGCAGCUUGUAGUGUUUGAUGUCACCGUGCAGGCUCCACAGGAGUGGAUAGCAGGAUUGAUGUGGAUAGAAGGAACGCUUAACCUCUGGGCUCCGGCAUCCGUCACCCGUAUGGCAUCUGACCUGAGGGCACUGACACGCCCUCCCCUCCAUCAUCCAGACCAUUCAACGUCAUGCUCAUUACCCUCUGCUACGUAUACUUGUGGCUGCGCUACCGUUCCUCCCACGCAUUGCUGAUCCGGAGCUGCGUGCGCCAGUUCCAUAGGACCAGUUCCUUCACGUUUUGCACCCAUCCUCAGGAAACCGGGAAAAAGAACCAUAGCGGAGCACAGGGACCCGGCGAGGAUAAGUUCUACCUGCAUUUGGGCAACAAAGCCUUUCUCAUUGACAGUGCCCAGUGCUUUGAAGAUUUGAAUAAGUGGAAGCUGUUACUUGGAUCUCCCAGCGAUAGAGAUCUAGAGGCCAGGCAAAUCACCUUUAUUACUGAGAGUGUCUCAUUACCCAGCGAGACCUUAUCAGCUGCAUCACACUCUAACAAAAAGGUUCGGAAUCUGUCUGAGUAUUGCCUCCCUUUGGCUCUGUGUCAUGAAGACUCUUCGAGGUUACUGGCAGAAGCCAGCGUAGACAACUUCAGCGAGCUUGGCAUAGCGUUCAUGGAAGAUCGCUUGCAGAUGGACAAUGGCUUACUGCCGCAGAAGAUUACUUCUGUGCACCUAAGAGAGACGGCUACAACUGAAGAAGAAGCUUCAGAUAACCGUCAUUUAUAUCUGGCUCAGAGGAAGGCUGCCCUUGGGCUGAAUCUUACCUUUGAUAGGACGGUUGGAAAGGACAUGGGGGUGGCUGAAAGCACGGAAAUGCAGAACCCUGACGAUAUCAGUGAACACCCCAAUGUAAAUAGGAGAACAGGCCGGGGACAGAAUGAGGAAGCUAGUGGUGAACAUCUUCAUCUUCACCUGUCCAGCUGCCACGAGUGCCUUGAACUAGAGAACUGCACAAUAGAGUCGGUCAAAUUUGCCUCUGCAGAAGACAUUCCGGACCUUCCUGAUGAUUACACCAGCUGGGAGGACUAUCCCGAUGGGGGUCAUCCCAAAGAGACCUCAAAUCUUAAUGUCAGUGGGAAGCCACCUAAUGUUCUCAUCUAUGGUGACCCCUCACUUCCGGAACAGUUUGAACAAGUCAAAUCAGUGCUCCUCCAAUGCUUUGAUGCCUGUCGGUAUGUUGUGUACCCUCUCCCUGAGGAACAGGCUCUCACAGCCCCAUGGGGGGACAACUGCUUGCUGUUGGUUCUAACGGGUGAGGAACCCAUACCUUCCAAUCUUCACAAACUCUUUACUUCCUACCUGGAGAAAGGUGGGAAGAUUCUGGGCUUGGCAUCCUCAUUUACGUUUGGCAAUGUAGUCCUGAAAAAGAAAUCUGAACUUCUGGGAUCAGUUCAAGACCUGGUUUUUGAUGGACCCGAUGGGACGCAACUUCGCCUCAAUGUCAUGGCCAGUGGGUUUGUGUAUGAGGAGGGCUUGGGAGAGUCAUGUGAUCAAGUGGAUGGAUGGGGGCGCUUAAACAAUGACAGCCAGGACCUGAUGAUGGUUCGUCAAGUGUAUGGAGACAACAGUGGAGAAGCUGUCCUUUGCCAGGUCAGGCUGGAAUUGGCUCCCGAGUCCUUAAUGGAACAUGAUAAGGGGACCUUUGACUCUUUAAAGCUCAGUAACCCCCAGAGGCAUGAGGUACUGACACAGAUCCUCAUCAGUCUUGGCUUGGAGUGUGAGGUCAUCUCCUCCCCGUCUCUCACACCUGUCUACCUGCUAAGUGCACAGCAGGAUAAAUACCCUGAUGUUCUCCAGUGGAUUAAAUCAAGGGCAAAGAAUGGGUUGAUCCAAUCCAGCAAGAUGUCUCUGAAGGUGUUCGAGUCCCCCCAGUUUGACAUUGAUGUCACCCCUUCCCUGGCACCCCUGAUCACAGGAGAGGAAGACUUCGUCUGUGAGGACUUCAGCCUGGAGAAGUACAGAGAGAACCUCCGUACCGAAACACUUGGGAAGGUGCUGAUGUUUUCUGAAGUCACCACCAGCACGUUUAACCUUCUGGAUGGGCUGAUGGUUCACCAACCAGAGGAAAUGGGGUUAAUCGCUAUCGCGGCCCGGCAGACUCAAGGCAAAGGUCGCGGUGGAAACGUCUGGCUUAGCCCCAAAGGCUGUGCUAUGAUGACGCUCCUUGUGUCCAUCCCUGUGUCAUCACCUCUGGGACAGAGAAUUGCCUUCAUACAACACCUAAUGGCUUUGGCCGUGGUGGAGGCUGUGCGGUCUAUGCCUGGAUGCGAGGAUAUUGAAUUAAAAGUGAAAUGGCCAAACGAUAUUUACUACAGUAACGUGAUGAAGCUAGGAGGAGUCCUGGUCAACUCGACACUCAUGGGAAACACCUUUCAUAUCCUCAUUGGCUGUGGGUUCAACGUCAGCAACAGCAACCCGACAAUCUGUAUCAACGAUCUCAUCUCAGAACACAACAAGCGCUAUAAAACAAGUAUUGAACCUCUCAGGGUGGAUACACUGAUAGCUCGGUCUGUGACUGCUCUGGAGGCCCUCAUUAAUACAUUUCAAUUGAUUGGACCAAGUGGCAUCCUGCCUAUGUACUACAAAUACUGGGUACACAGUGGGCAGCAGGUUCGGCUCGGUGGUGAAGACGGCCCGUUAGCUUGGAUCGUUGGCUUAGACGACUCUGGUUUUCUCCAGGUCCUUCAAGAAGGAAAAGACGUCAUCACUGUCCACCCUGAUGGAAACUCUUUCGACAUGAUAAGGAACUUGAUUGUACCGAAACGCUAACAAUCCGGACUUCUUAUGGAAUCUAAAUUUCUUCGAUAUAGUCAUUCC